AGUGUCUUAAAAUGCGUGACACAUUACUUACUGUUAAUAUUCCAGCGUUGAAGGUGGUGUGGAAUUUUGUUGAAUUUUUUGAAAAUGUGAAUCCGAAUUAUUGGUUUUCAAAUCAAAAUAGUGUUCAAGUGUAACAUCUAAUUUUUCUAUUGGAAUAUAAAUUAAUUUACGAAGAAUAUAACAAGUCAAAAUGAUGAUGCAAAUUAUCCCUGUAUUUUUACUCAUCAAUUUUAGUCUUUCUGAAUAUAUUGCUCCUGGUCCUCAAUAUAGAUGUCCCAAGGAUAAAUUACUAUUGCAUCCUUGUACCUGUGAUAUCGAAUCUGAUACUGGACUUUUCGUUAGUUGUAACAAUACUAAUUUAGCGAGUAUGAGUAUUGGACUCAAUAAUUUGGCUACUUUUCAACUUCCUAUAGAAAGAUUGACCAUAUAUAAAUGUAAUAUUGCUAGAUUAUUUGGUAGUCUUUUAUACAAAUUGAAUUUGAGAACAUUAAUAAUAGAAGACACACCAAUAGAAAAAAUUGAAGAACAUACUUUUCUGGGAGUAAAUGAAACUUUGAACGAAUUUUAUUUGAAAAAUUCUAGUUUGAAAGAGUUUCCCACAAAAGCUUUUAAGAUCUUAGGUAAUCUAACUUUAUUGAAUAUUACUGGUCACCAAAUGAAUGAAAUUCCCAAGGAUGCAUUUUUGUCUAGUGAAAUAGCAGGAACUUUGGUGAAAUUGCAUAUAGCAAAUGGUAAUUUAUCAACACCGCCACCAGAAAGUCUGCAACCAUUAAGAAAAUUGAGAACUCUGGAUUUACAUGGUAAUAAAAUUGGUGCACUGAAGAAGAAUCAAUUUAAGGGUUUGAGGGAUGUUGAAGUUCUGGAUUUAAGUUUUAACGACAUACCUAAAAUCGACGCUUCUCAUUUGGCAGAUUUAACAAAAAUGUCUUGGUUAAAUGUAUCAAACAAUAGGUUAACAGAAAUUACGAGAGGUGCUUUUGCACGCAAUACGGUUUUGAAAGUACUCAACAUGAACUCAAAUAAAAUUAAGAAGCUGGAUCAGAAUUCUUUUCGAGGUAUGCGAUUUUUAAGAAGAUUAUACCUGGCCGAUAAUGAAAUAGUUGAUGUGGGAAGAGGAACGUUUGGAGGUUUGAAAAGAAUAGGUACCAUUGAUCUUGCUAGAAAUAAAAUUAAGAAAAUCGAUUAUCAGAUGUUCUUUGAACUAAAUUUCAUUGAGAUACUAGAUGUUUCCAAUAACCAAUUAAAGGAAAUUCAAAAACUAGCAUUUAAGGAUUUAUUCUUAAGUCACAUAAAUCUAUCCAACAACCAGAUUACUAGCAUUGAGAAUGGAGCAUUCCAGAAUUGUGCUAAUAUGACAGUAUUGGAUUUAUCUUUUAAUCAAAUAUCUGAACUUCCAAAACAAGCUUUCGAUGAAACAACAUACGCUACAGAGCUUCAAUUAUCAUAUAACCUUCUCAGUAAUUUUUCACAGAUUCCAUUACAUAAUAUGACAGGUAUAAAAGUUCUAAAUGUGUCACAUAAUAUGAUUUCUGUGAUCCCCAAGAAGACUUUUCCGAAACUAUAUGAGCUACAUACAAUAGAUAUUUCGCAUAACAAUCUGACGGAUGUAUUUAACUCUGUUUUUCAAACGCUUUUUUCCUUGAGAAACUUGAAUAUGAGUUAUAAUAACUUAUCAGCGAUCAAACCUAGUAUGUUUGGUUCAUUGCCAACAUUGUUAGAUUUGGAUCUAAGUUAUAAUAAUUUAAAUACCGUAACCAAGGGAUCACUAACAAGAUUAUCUAGUACGAGAACUUUGAAUCUUAGAGGUAAUAAUUUGAGAAAUUUAUUCCAAUUGCCAAUAUCUGUUUCUUAUUUGGACUUGUCAUACAACCAAAUUGAAAAAUGGCCUACCGAAACUUGGCCUAGCAUGAAUUCUCUACUGAGUCUGGAUCUAAGUUACAACAUGAUUGGUGAUAAUUUAAGUGAAGGUAGUUUCACCAAUUUACUUACAUUACAGCGAUUAAAUUUGAACUAUAAUGGUAUUCAAAAUCCUCCACGGAAUGCAUUAAGUGAACUGACGUCUUUACAAUACGUUUAUUUAGAGGGUAAUAACAUAACAAAACUUACAAGAAAUGCUUUUGGCAAACUUCCUGUUGUUUUCGAAUUGGAUCUUUCAAAUAAUUAUAUUUAUAAUAUAAGUUCACGGGCGUUUGAAGGCUUGUUACAAUUAUUGGUUCUGAAUUUAAACAACAAUAAUAUAACACACAUACCAAACGGCGCAUUUCAAGGUUUGGUGGCACUGCAGAAGCUGGAUUUAUCUCAUAAUCGAAUAUCUAAAAUGGAUAAUAAAACUCACGGAGUUCUCGAUGAUUGCCUGUCAUUAGAAAAGGUUGACUUAUCUUACAAUAAAGUUAGUUUCCUAUCAAAGAAAUUUUUUCCUAGCAAUCCUUAUAUUCCAUACAAGCUUCGAGAAAUUGAUCUAUCUCACAAUUUGAUGCCUGUUUUAACAGUCGACAUUACAAUUGGAACGGCUAAAUUGGAGAAACUUAAUUUAUCAAACAAUGCUAUUGCCGACAUACGAGCAGGUAUUAUUGGUAAUCUGACACGUUUGACAAUAUUGGAUUUAUCUAAUAAUAAACUUCACGAUUUAGUAAGCGAUGAAGAAUUUUUGAGACUUCCAUCAAAUAUAACACAUCUUUAUCUAGCUAAUAAUAUGUUAACUGACUUUCCAUGGAAAUACCUGAAACACGCUGAUCAGUUAUCGCUAAUAGAUCUAAGAAAAAAUAAAUUUGUUAGAUUUGUGCCUGAUUUAGUGAAAUUGAUAGAAAACAACGUUGAUGUGUAUUUUGAAGGUAACAAAUUACACUGCGAUUGCUUCUUACGACCUCUAUCUAGAUAUUUUUCAAACAAAAUAAACAUAAGAGAUAUUUAUAAAACAGUGUUAUGCGAAACUCCAGGAUUUUUGAAAAAUCAUACGUUAUAUAAUCUUCCCGAAGAGAGAUUGAAUUGUCCAAUAAAUGUAAAUACAACAGAGCUAAUGAAAAGGUAUCCAGGGGAAUAUGACGUUUUACCGGACUUAAGAUUUAGAGAAUUAUCUCACAAAAAGGGAAUUUUCAAAUUAAAAUGGCGGGUAAUGAAGCAGUCGGAUAUAGCUGACACCGAAAUAUUCGUGAGGGAUAUUACAAACACACAGAGUAUAAUUUUUAAAACCACUGUACCCUAUUUUAAAAGGUUAUUUGAAUUGGAUGCAAAUACAAAGUUCGCUAGAAGAGUGAAAGAUGGGAAAGGAUAUCAAAUAUGUUUGUUGGCCAAAGAUAGUAAAAAUAUUGUGAAGAGCUUUUAUGAACAACAAUGCAAGGAUUUGUCAAUGACGUUUUCAGGAGCAGUACCUAUGUACAAAGUCUCGUUCCUAUCGAUUUAUUUAAUAUUCGCUUAUCAUAUUGUUAUGUUUAUUAUAUAACUUAUUAAAAUCGUAUUGUGA